AAAUAAAUCAACCAAGUGCCGAAAAUAACGUCUAAGCUACGGUAAUCACUAAUCUAAAGAACAUUGAAGAGUCAAGGUUCCUGGCUGCAGCUCUUGGAGUCCAACAAUUUGUUGGACUUGAAACUCGAAAAUUGCAACGGCCUGAGAGUUUAUGGGGGCGUAAAGUUACGAAAGGGAAAGAAUGGCAGAGGGUGCAGUGAGCUUUCUGCUUGACAAGAUUGCUCGCUUUGUUGAAAAUGAGAUGAUGCUCUUGAGCGGAGAUCAUCGGCAAGAAGUUCUGUACCUGAGAGGAGAGCUAGAGCGCAUGAGGGCCUUCCUCAAGGUGGCAGAUGCAAUGGAAGAAAGCGACGAGGAGAUCAAAGUGUGGGUGAAGCAAGUGCGAGAGAUUGCUCAUGAAACUGAAGACGCUCUUGACGAAUUUACCCUUCUUCAAGCACAUGAUCACGCCGACGGACUCUACGGUUCUCUCCACAGAUUUUCUUGUUGUAUAAAGAACAGAAAAUCUCGCUGCCGUAUUGUUUCCGAGCUACAAGGCAUCAACUCCAGAAUCAAAAGCAUUUGUGGGGUUCACAAUAGGCUGCUGCACAAACUUAGCGGAGCCCAACAAGGCUCAGGCCCCAACAAUAUUGCAGGAAACACGUGGCAGGACGCGCUUCUUCUAGAGAAGACGGAUUUGGUGGGGAUCGAUGAGCCGAAGCAGGAGCUGGUGGGGUGGCUGGUUCUUGGUGGUUCUGGGCGGGAAGUGGUUUCUGUGGCUGCAAUGGGAGGAAUGGGGAAAACCACCUUGGCAAAACAAGUGUACGAUGAUGCUGAAGUGAAGAAACAUUUCAAAAUACGCGCUUGGAUCACUGUCUCCCAAUCUUUCAAGAUAGAACUCAUAGAAGAGCUCCUCAAAGACAUGAUCCGGCAGAUCUUCGGCGUCGUCAGCAGACCGGUUCCGGAAGGAUUGGACAGCAUGAACAACGACCGGCUGAGAAGAAUAAUAAAGGAUUUGCUUCUGAAAAGGAGGUACUUGAUUGUUUUAGACGAUGUAUGGCGGUUGGACGUAUGGGAUGCUCUCAAACACGCCUUGCCCAAGAAUGGAUGCGGCAGCAGAGUGAUGCUCACAACACGUAAUGCUGACGUGGCCUCCACCUCCGGCGUGGAAUCCAUCGGAAAGGUCUACAACUUGAAUCCCCUGCCUCCCAAGGAGUCUUGGUAUCUUUUCUGCAGGAAGACUUUUCAAGGGGAUGCGUGCCCUUCUUAUUUGGAGGAAAUCUGCAAAAACAUUUUGAGAAAAUGCGAGGGACUCCCCCUUGCGAUUGUGGCGAUCAGCGGUGUUUUGGCGACAAAAGACAAGCGCAGGAUUGAUGAGUGGGAUAAGGUCUGCCGCAGCCUUGGAGCGGAAAUCGACGGGAACGACAAACUCAAGGUUUUGAAGAAAGUUCUUUCGCUCAGCUUCAACGACUUGCCGUACUACCUGAAAACUUGUCUCUUGUAUCUCAGCAUCUUCCCAGAAGAUUAUCAGAUCGAGCAAAUGAGGGUGAUUCGAUUGCUGAUAGCGGAGGGGUUUGUUGAAGCCAAAGAAGGCAAAACGCUGGAAGAAGUUGCAGAGGAUUACCUCGACGAACUCCUGAAAAGAGGGCUGCUGCAAGCGGCGGCCACAACGAGCGAUGGAAGGGUGAAAAUGUAUCACGUCCAUGAUCUGCUGCGAGAGAUCAUCGUGACAAAGUCGAGAGACCAGAAUUUCACGACAAUUGCAAAAGAUCUGAUCAACGGGAUGUGGCCCGACAAGGUCCGACGACUAUCGGUACAUAACACCGUGCAAAAUGUGCCGGCGGUGCAGCAAAACAGGUGUUUUUCUCAACUGCGCUCUCUGUUCUUGUUUGGUGUGGUAGAAAAGAUAUGCAUAGGAAAACUGUUUCCUGGCGCUUUUAGGCUGCUACAUGUGUUCGAUUUGCAGAACUCGCGUAUACAAAAGUUCCCAGUUGAUAUUGCGAAUUUGUACUAUUUGAAAUAUCUAAGCUUUAGGGGCACCAAAAUCAAAAGCAUUCCAAGCUUUAUAGGGAAGUUGCAGAACCUUGAAACUUUGGAUCUUAAGCAUACCCGUGUCACUGAACUGCCCAUUGAGAUCUUGAAGCUCACACGACUGCGCCAUCUUCUUGUAUACCAUUACAACCUUGAACCUUACGAAUGUUUUCACUCGAGAUAUGGUUUUAAGAUACAGGGGAAUAUAGGCACUUUGCGAUCCCUGCAAAAGCUCUGUUACAUAGAGGCGAACCAAGGCGGUGGGACUAUAAUGACAGAGCUGGGGAAACUGUUUCAGCUAAGGAGGUUGGGCAUUGGGAAGCAGAGAAAAGAAGAUGGGAAGUCUCUGUGUUUGUCGCUCAAAAAGUUGACCAACCUUCGUGCUUUGUCGUUGACUUCAAUAGAGGAGGAAGAGAUUCUUGAUUUGGAACACCUUUCUUCUCCGCCUCCAUUGCUUCAGCGGCUGUACUUGAGAGGGCGUUUAGAGAAAUUGCCUCACUGGAUUCCAUCGUUCCAUGGGCUUGUCAGGUUGUUUUUGAAGUGGAGUAGAUUAAAGAAUGACCCACUUGUGCUCCUCCAAAAUCUUCCCAAUCUUGUGCAUCUUGAAUUGAUUCAGGUUUUUCUGGGAGACACUCUGUUCUUCAGGACCGGGGGGUUUCAGAAGCUUAAGGUUUUAGGCCUUGAUGAAUUAUGCGUGCAAGUGGAAAAGGGAGCAAUGCCCUGCGUUGAAAAGCUGAUUAUCCAGUGCUGUAACUCGCUGAAGAAGGUGGGGGUGCCAUUGGGGAUUGAGUAUCUCACCAAGUUGAAAGUGCUUGAAUUUUUCGACAUGCCAGAAGAAUCAAUCGAUACGCUUCGUCUGGACGAAAAAGCGAGCGACUAUUGGAAAGUUGCAAACAUCCCAGAAGUCUAUUAUACCUACUGGAGAGAUGGGUGCUAUGCCAAACGAAGCCUUUCUAGAGAGCCUCAGUGAGGGAGAGAAUUCUCCCAGGCGCAGCACUAUCAUUUUGAAGAGCCAAAAGCUUCAAACACGUUGGAAAUGAUAUAUACAUUCACAGAUGUGGGCACACGCCUGUACAAAGUUUGGUUGUAAAUGUAAAAGGUUGUUAUUUAUUCAUUGCAGUGAUGAUCAUGAUGAUGGUGUAGGACUCUGCAGUACUUCUUCAGGCAUUCUUGUACAAAACAAAGUCGUGAGUUGCUUGGAGCUGGCUUGUGUGUUAGAGGGUGUAAAUACGCAAGAGACUGUAACAGCUCUAAUGGUUGGAUUACCUGCACUUCAGGCGGCCUAGGUUUCAGAGGUAACUUGUGGCUCACAACGUGUAUGAUACCGUGAAUCUGUGGAGGAUGAGAGAUUGUGAGUACUGUAAAUGAGUGUAAAAAAGAAAACACAUUGUAAUUAAGUAAGUAAAGGUGUGAAUCACACACUGUAAAUUUGUAAAUGACUGUCAAAACAUGUAAAGAUUGAAAAUAGUAAAUAGUAAAUAUUCAUUAUCAGUGUACAGAGAUAACCUCGGGUUGUCUGUAACAUUUGGAGCAUUCUUGUACGAAGCUAGGUUGCUCUGUGGAAUUAAAUAUUGUUUGUCAGUUGGCAUUGUAUUUUGUUCUUGUAUUCGA